AUGCAGGGCCGACGGCCGAAAAACGAGGAUCGGCAUGUAAAAAUCCCGGACCUGACAAAGGCGGCCAAGGCUCUCAAAAUGCCGAUCAACCAUCUACCGCAGCCUUGCGCCCUCUUCUCCGUCUUCGACGGACAUCAGGGCCAGCAGUGCGCCGAGUUCGUUGCGAAGAGCUUCCACCUGAAGCUGCUCAAACGGUUGUCAGCCGACACGGACACAGCGGCGUGGAACGAAGCGCGGAUCAGCGCUGCCCUGAAGGAAGUUUGCGAGGAGCUAGACUCAGAGUUCCUUGCAAAGUUCCGGACAUCACCAGAUGGCACAACGCUUGUUGUGGCUCUGAUUGUUGGGACCAAGCUCUUCACUGCUUGGGUCGGAGAUUCAAGGCUGGUUCUUUGUCAGAGGUCACAGCUCCAACAGAUGUUGGCGGUCUCCCUGACGAAGGAUCAUCGGCCGAACCUGGAGGCUGAGGCCGAGAGGGUCAAAGAGGCCGGUGGGCUGGUCCUGGACUUCGGGAUGGGCGUGUACAGAGUUGCCCAUGAUGGCUACGAGGAGAAGAUGCGGGAAAUCCGGCGGCAGCAAGCUUUGGGCAUGGGCUUUGCCGGCAAGGAGCCGGUGGCACUGGCAGUGUCCAGAGCGCUUGGCGACCGCGAUUUCAAGGCCGUCACAGGCAAGGGGCUUCUGAUAGCCACUCCCGACAUUAGGUGCGUGGAGCUCGAUAGGACGCACAUGUUCAUGGCUCUGAUGUGCGAUGGCAUCACAGACGUCAUGCAAGAUGACGAGAUCUGCUCGGAGCUGGAGAUGCGCAGACCCGGCCCCCCAGAUCCAGUGAAGCGCUGCCGAAUAGCGUGCGGCGCGCUGGUGCAGGAAGCCUACAAGCGUGGGAGUGAGGACAACCUUACGGUGAUCUUCGUUCGCUUCCACUGGCAAGGUGGCUACGAAGAG